AUGGCGAGUGAGGCACCACCGAAUGAGUGGGAAACACCACCACCAUCAUCAACAGCAGCAGUGGCGGCCGCGUCGCCAGUAUCCGCUGCGGCUGCGACAGCAACCACGGGUGUGUAUGCUGCCAACCGCGUGUCUGGUACGUAUCUCAAGACGCUGACAGGCGUUCAGCGUGGGGAAGAGCUUUUCCACCGCCCCGACCUGGAGAGGCCAUGGCGUACAUCAACGGCACAGAAGCACGCGGUGGUAGUGGCUCUGAAGGAAAAGGAGAUUGAAGAGCUGCUGCGCAAGUGCUCUAGCCUACGCACGCAGCUUGGCAAUGCGAGACACGAUGCCAAGUACAUGGAGUACGCCAUCACUGAAAAGUGUAAAGUGCAGGUGUCUGAGAUACAAAGAGAGGUUGAACGCCUUGAGAAGGCACUGAAGGUGGAGAAUGAGAGUAAGGAGGAGUUAAAGACGUCAACGGAGCAUCAAAUCCGUUUACUGAGAACACAGCAUGAGAAGGAUCUCAUGAAUCUGCGAAAUGAGAACCGUCUGCUGCAGGACCGCUGUGCUGAACUCACCAAAAUCUAUCAGCAACAGGUGGAUGACGUCAAGAAGGCGGCAUCACGGGAGCUUGAACACAUAGAGAGUCUCUGCAACAGCCGGGUGGUGGAGCUGACAAAUGAGCUGAAGUCUGCGCGUGUGAAGAAUAGUACGGCGGAGGAACGCCACGCGGAAGAGAUGGUUCAAUCUAGAAACCUUAUCAACCGUAUCGAGACGGACUACAAGGAACGGAUUCGCGAAGCAGAGCAGCGCGUCGACGACGUGCGCACUCGGCUAGAGGCAGAGAACAAGCGGCUGGACGAGGAGCGCGGCACCGCCCUAAGAGAGGCGAGGCAUGCCACAGAGCAGUUGGCUGUUGCCAUUGCCGAUCGUGAGGAAGUAUUGGUACGCUUUAAGCAGUGGGACGCAUACAUUCUCCGCUUGCUGGACCGCUAUUACAGUGAAGUGGUGCAGCGAGCGCCGGAGUGCGCGGUUGAGCCGCACGACGCGGAGCUGCAUGAGGCUCCUUUUCUCUACGCCCCGCGUAAUAUUCUCGAGGACCCUGAUGCCAAGGUGACGGUGGAGCGCAUUGUAUAUCGUCUGCUCCAGCUCAAGCACAUGAAAUUCGUAAAGGAAAAUCCUCCUUCAGAAGAAACGAAUGUGCCAGAGUCUUUGGACAAACUGGGGGCCAAGCAGGAGCGCCUCACCCGCGCAAUGCGUGAGAUUGAGGGCAAGUGCAUAGAGGCCGAACAAUCCCUUAAAAGUGCUGUGUCCCGCCUGUAUUUCUUCAGCAACGACUUGGAGGAUGCGAUUGGACACUCCGGAUCCGUUGCCCCACCGCAAACGCAUGUCGUCUUUGUGUGCAUUAGCGUUUUUAAUGGGAAUCGCCUGUGGGCCGAUGAUGCGGGUGUGGCGCGGUCUGUCGUGUCGCUCAUGAACUCUGCAAUACGCCCCAAAAUGGCGGAGUACGGGGCGUACGAAUGCUACAGUGACGGCCUAACUUUACUACUCGCCUUCAACGACCCAGUGGCUGCUUGCCGUUUUGCUGCAGAGUUGCAGUGGUGGAUGAUGCAGUUGCCGUGGCCACAAUCCCUACUCCGCAGUGCGUGGGGCAAGGAAGAGUAUGACGAAGGAAAUACACUUCUGUUCCGUGGACUGCGGUUGUCAAUGGCGGUUCACACCGGCGAAGCCUUUGUGGAGCCAACAGCAAUACCUUGUGGGAAUUCCUACCGAUGUCACUACUACGGUCGUGCGGUUUCUCAAGUCAUUCACACUUGCUCACUAGCACAGGGAGGACAAGUGCUUGUGACAAAGCCUGUGUGGGAUUUGUGUAUCUCACGGCGAGACGAGCUGGGCGCCCUUGUGGCGCGUGAGGUCGGCACCUUCCCUAUUGUCUCCUUUAACAAAGAGACAAACUCGUACGAGCGGGAGCCUCUGCUGCUGCAUCAAAUUUUGCCACAACCACUGAGGAAACGCCGCUUCGAGGAUCUGGCACAGGAGCAUGCUACGCAUGUAAUGUCACUUGCAAAGAUGCGUCGGUCUAUUGUUUCGGCUGAAAUCGAAUGUGUUGAGGCCCGGCGUACUUCUCUCAAGGAGGCUAUUGGCGCAGCACAUGGGGAACUGUUGGCCGUGGAUCGCUGCAUUAAUGCACUCACAGAGAAGGCGCGCCAGACCAUGUCGUAUUUUCACCUGCUACCACCAAGCGAGAUGGUGACGCAGAUGAACGAGUUGUAUGGUCUGAUGGAGAAGAUCGCCUCUCGCGCGUCUGAAUUGCGAGACGAUGUCCGUGACAUGGAUCGCAUGCAGGAGGAACUCGGAGUGCAGACGAGGGGAUUGAAGGAAUACUGUGCCCGACAUGGGUCCACGGCGUCUCGAGAAGAGGAGCUGCGCCUUCGUGCCGAAAUGGCGGAGUCUCACUACGAUGCACAGCUGCAAGAGAUGCGGCGGAGCCACGCGGAAGGGAUCGAACGACUUCAACGGGAGCUGUCUGAACGUGACCAGCUGAUUCAGCGACUUUACAGAGAUGUUCAGCGUUCUCAAAAACGGUGA